GGUGUCACUGGACCAGCAGGACCCCCAGGUCCAAGAGGCUUGCCAGGAAAUGUGGGUGUGCCUGGAGACCCUGGACUACCAGGAAAGGAGGGAGAAAAGGGGGAAAAGGGUGAUCCUGGAAAAGAGGGAAAAGUGGGUUUACCUGGACCAGCUGGUGAGCCAGGGCCUGCUGGAGAGCCAGGUUUGCCUGGUAAGGGUAAAGAUGGAGAACAGGGACAAAGAGGCCCACCAGGCUUGCCAGGACCCUUUGGACAUAAGGGUGAGAGGGGAGCUCCUGGCCUCCCUGGACAGCCAGGAGACAGAGGUGUGCCAGGAAUUGGGCUGGCUGGACCCCCUGGCCCUGUGGGACCCCCAGGAGACAAAGGGUCAUUGGGUCCCCGUGGUGUACCUGGUAUCCCUGGACCACAGGGGCCUCCUGGCCAGGACGGUCUACCUGGAAAUCCAGGGGAAAGAGGACCUCCUGGAAAACCGGGUUCCUCACCCCUACUCUCUCCAGAGGACAUAAAUCUCUUAGUAAAGGAUGUGUGCAGUGAAUGCCCUCCUGGCCCACCAGGACUGCCAGGCAUCCCAGGUUUCAAAGGUGAUAAAGGUCUCCGAGGACCACCUGGUAGAGAUGGCCAGGAUGGGAAAAUGGGGAAUGCUGGUCCCAGAGGUCCUGCAGGCCCACCUGGGCUGGAUGGCCCAAAGGGUGCUAAAGGAGACCGUGGUAUGACUGGGGAUGCAGGAGAAAAAGGUGAACAGGGCCACCCUGGAAUGCCUGGCUUUUCAGGGGCUCCUGGAAACCCUGGUCCACCUGGACCAGAUGGGGCACCAGGGCCAAUAGGACCAGCAGGAAACCCAGGAGACAUAGGUAAAGAUGGCCCUCCAGGUCCACAGGGUCCACCAGGGCUGCCUGGACUUCCAGGCAUUGCUGGGAAUGAUGGCAAAGAUGGCAAGCCAGGAUCUCUUGGGGAACCGGGAAAGCCGGGAGAACCAGGGCUCCCAGGCCAGGAAGGUGCCAGAGGCUUACCGGGUUUCAAAGGGCAGAGAGGAGACACAGGUCCCCCAGGUCCCCGGGGGGAGCCAGGUGUGACAGGUCCUGCUGGUCGUGAGGGCCCACCAGGGAAGGAUGGUGAUACCGGUCCCAUAGGACCACAGGGCCCUCGAGGACUCAGGGGGCAGCCGGGCAAGAAUGGAUCACCUGGAUCUGCAGGAGAACCUGGCCCAGCAGGUAACCCAGGUCCUAAAGGAAAUAAAGGAGAAAAUGGCAGCCCAGGACUCCCUGGCUUCAUAGGACCCCGAGGACCACCUGGAGAACCAGGAGAGAAAGGUCCUCCUGGAAAAGAGGGUGCACCAGGGAAACCGGGUGAAAUUGGCUUCAAAGGAGAGAGGGGAGAUCCUGGCAUCAAAGGUGAAAAAGGCCCUCCAGGAGAAAAGGGCCCUCCAGGUGAUCCUGGGAUACCUGGUCAUAAAGGCCAUCCAGGACUGAUGGGUCCCCAUGGACCCCCAGGAGACACUGGGCAUGUUGGACCUCCUGGUCCUCCAGGACAGCCAGGAUUUCCAGGACCUAGGGGGGAACCCCCAUCUCUAGAGACUUUGAGAAGGCUCAUCCAAGAGGAAUUAGCCAAGCAGCUAGAUGCAAAGUUAGCCUAUCUCCUGGCUCAGAUACAGCCUGCACAUGUCAAAGCAUCCCAUGGCAGACCAGGGCCUCCUGGUCCCCCUGGGAAGGAAGGACUUCCAGGAAGAACUGGCCCUCCAGGAGAACCUGGCCGGCCUGGACAGACUGGGUCUGAAGGGCCACCGGGACCAAUUGGUCCCAAAGGAGAAAGAGGAGCAAAGGGUGAGAAAGGAGACACUGGUAUUGGACAACGAGGGGAAAUAGGUCCUCCAGGAAUUCCAGGCCUCCCAGGGGAGCCUGGCUAUGCCAAAGAUGGAAUGCCAGGACCACCUGGUCCUCAAGGCGAAGCUGGUGUGCCUGGUCUCACAGGCCCACAGGGACCUCCAGGAGCCAAUGGACAGUGUGACCCCACUCAGUGUGCUUACUAUGCAAGCCUGGCUGCCAGACCCGCCAAUGUCAAAGGGCCCUAGCAUGCAGGGAGUAUCCCUAGACUUGUUUUUAAAACUUGAAUUCAUCACGCCUGCCAAAAGCUCUCAGAUGUCUUCAACUGUGUUUCUUUCAUGGGAGGCCUUUUCAAGCCAACAAAUGCUGCCGGUCGGUCAGAUUAUUUUUAUGAAUUAUAAUUAUUAUUAUUAUCUUUGCGAUAUGUGAAUUUGUUUUUGUUUUCUCUAACAUCAGGGCAUAUUAAUACAUUAAAAAU